AAUAAUUCAGACAACUAUAGUGCCACCUCUAUUGAUACAUCUACAGCAACACACCGGUUCUCAUCGUGUAGUUCCUAUCAAUAAGCAUCCUUAUCAACUGCGCCACGAGUUGAAGAUUAUACCCGAAAAUAUGUUGGCGCGCCUCGAGGCGUUCCAGCGAGGUGACGAUAUUGUACCGCUCGAACUGAAGGGAGACAAUGGGAGCAAGCGAGUGAAACAGCGAAUCGAUCCCAAUACCAAAGAGAGCAUGUUUUGUGAUGACCUUCGGAAAGAAGAUGGGGGCUUUUACAGCUUUCGGCCUAGUGUUUACAAUUUUGAAGAUGCUGCUGCUUUUUGCCGUCCGAUGGUAUUAGGUGACACCAGGGACAUCUUGAAUGCUACGCAAAUGUGCCCCAAUACUCCAUAGAUCAUCUUCCAAGGCAUGCUCAAUCUCAACUCCAUGACUUCAUUGCUAUUGGUUUGCCUACAGGUAUACCUAACCUGUUCAGACAAGAAGAUAUAU